UAUUCACUAAUUCAUUCAUUAAAAAUAGCUUUUCUACACAACAUAACAGGUAAAAUCUCAACAAUACUACAUAAACUACAUGAAGUCAAGGUCUUGAAAAACAUGUUUUCUGUUUUGAAAAAGUGUUGAAUAUUUAUUUAAAAUAUGCAAUAGCCUGUUAAAAGGGCAAGCACCCUGGGGGAAAAACACAUUAGUCAUAAUUAAUGUUUUAAAAGCACUUUAGCAAAACAGUGGAAACUAAAUUCUUUCUCCUGCUCUAGUGAUGUUUUUUCCCCUCAGAGAGAUAAUGUAAUACCUAAAAGUUUGCAGACAUCCAGUCCAACAGGGGGCAGUGUACACGAAAUGUUAUGAAAUCUUUCUGUUGUUUUACAGGAAGACAUUAAAGGCAUCCGAUGGUGUUGGACACACAUCUAUGGUUGGACACAUCGGCGAAGUGACAACUUAAAAGCAUAUAAUUCUGCCACUAUGUUAUGUAUUCGUCAAGACAGUCGUUUAACUCCUGGUAAAGUUAACAAAUCGUAUGUUGAGGUCAUCUUUAGUUGACAGUCGUUCGUGUGACUCGAAGCUAAUGCUAACGCUAACGAUCAUACCUCGUAUCCAUAUGUAACUGUUCGCUGUUUGUCUGUUCACAUAAGAAUAUGUUAGUUGUAUUCUGUCAAAUGUUAUGCUGUGUUUACCUCUUUAUCUUAAUGUAAAGGUAUUUUUUGUUUUACCAUGUAGCAAAGUAAGCUAGCAUGCUACUUGAUUUUGCUGGCUUCCUUGCUAACAGAUUCCAUGUUAGUAAAUGUAAGAUAGUUUUACUGUGUUAACAUUAAUUUCACCACCACUUGAUAAUCUUACACUAAGUACCAUUAUAUGCUGCUGUAACAAGAGUAUUAUAUAUUCUUAUUUAAAAACGCACAGUGUUGCUCUGACUGACUUUGUGUUAUAUUAGUAAACGUGGUUGAGUUCCAGUCAUUGUGUACAUGGCCACUUUGGGCUUUACUCCUGCUAGUGAGCAGGAUUUUUUCAGCUCUGAAACUGUACAACAGUGUAACUCUACAACUAAAGGUGCACUCAGUGGAAAAGAGGCUCGGCAGUUUUAUGAAACCUUGAUGAAAGAUGUUGACGAGGGUCAAAAAACAUCAAAUCAUGUUAAUAAACGAAAGAAGAGAGAGUCUAGGAGAAAAAGCAAACGGAGAGUGGUGGUCGCUGAAGUGCAGCAGGGUCAGACUGGUCCACCAGUACAAAGACAGACCAGUGGAGAAGUUGAAGGCAGAAGAGAGACAACAAGACAAACGAGCAACUCAGAAAGGGCUGAAGAGCUUCAGGGUCUCAGGUUUCUGCGUUGUGCCCAUGAAGGAGACAUUUCUGGACUUAGAGAGCUGCUCUCGAAGGGGAUCGACAUAAACUUUCAGGAUACUUUCUUUUGGACAGCAAUGAUGUGUGCGAGCUGGUCUGGACAAAGAGCUGCAGUGAGGCUGCUGCUGCAACAUGGAGCAGCCUGGGUUGGCGUGGUUGACAUACAGGGCAGGGAUGCCAGAGAUUUGGCACUGGAAGCUGGCAACAAUGAGGUGCUUGAGGAGUUUGAGAACUAUGGGAGAAGUGAUCAACAACACACGACAUCUGAUGGCAGCGCCCCCCCGGCUCAGUGGUGUGGUGUGUGUUGUAGCCAAUACAGCAGCAGCCUGUCGUCCCACCUCUCCUCCACUCUGCACCAGUUCAGUCUGCAGCAUCCUCCAACCACACCCAGAUACUGUCUGCCCCCGUCCAGCAACAGCUACAAGAUGAUGGUGCGUUGUGGCUGGAGACCAGGGACAGGACUGGGACCAGAGGGAGAGGGACCUCACCAGCCAGUACCUACUGUGCUGAAGAGAGACCACAAAGGUCUGGGGUAUGGACAGGCGAAAAGAGCCAAAGUUACACAUUUCAAAGCAAGAGAUCGUGAUGCUGUGAAACCACCAUCCACAGUCAAAGAGGAAACGGGAGGGAAAGGGAAGAGGAAGGAAGAGAACAGGAGAAAAGAGCAAAAGGAUAAGAAUUGGGAAAGAGACUUUCGUGCCUCUUUUUAUCUUUGACAUGCGCUCACAGUAACUUUCCUGCAAACACAUACAUUUUUAUCUGAACAGACUGUAAAGACUUUAGUUAAAUGGAGACACAACUGAGAUUAGUUUUUCACAUGUGAAACUGACUGAUUUUUGUCCAGCUGGACAUUCAGGUUAACAGCAUCAACAGUUGGAACCGUAGUAAACAAGCUGGAGCAUGGAUUUCCGACCCGACAACAAUCCAGAAAUGAUUAUUGGGUCAGGUUUGAACAUGACAGUUGCGUGGUAUUAUAACUGCUUUAUUGGAAAUACAGUGUGAACAUUUUAAAAACACAUGUGUAACACGUUACAAUAAGUGAUAAUUUAAGGGCUGAUAAGUGAUUGACCUAGUGUUCCUGUUUAGAAGAGGGGUUUACUAUUUAUCACACUGAACGCAACGCACAACCGGUUGAAGCCAGCCACAGUGGAUGUUGUUCUUUUCCUUCACAACAACUCAAACCAUGAUAUUUGGAUUAUAUAAACUGUUAUCAGCGGUUACAGUUUAACAAGAAUCGAUAAAAAAUAGCUUAGUGUUGUUGCUUGUGAGUCUGAAAUUUUAUUAUGCUCAUCAGUGCUGCUGAUAACUUCUAAGGGGUGUGUGGGAGUGUUCAUGGAGUGAGUAGUUGCUUCCUCUUGGAUGGAACGGUGACCUUUUUCCCAUUUUCCUUCACCAUAGAUAAGAACUAUAAAAAUAACCACCUGCUUGACAGUCAGAGUAGCUUCAGUUUACUAACUUAACUGUGUUUGGCUCUGGUCAGGUUCAAACAAAAGAAAUCUUCUAAAACAAUCUAGGGUAUUGCUCCAUGUUGAAAAUGUGCCUAACCCAUAUCUGACGACACUGGUUUACACUUGAGGAAUAUAAUUGGGUCACUUGCAUCAUGCAGUGUAAAUGCAUUCUUAAUGUAGUGGAAUCAUUUUGACCCUGUAGAGCCUCAAAAAAAGAUCAAGGAGUGCUCACUCUGUGGCUACAUUUGGGGUCCAAAAUAUAGAGUUUUCAAUAUUUUAAUUUUAAUAUAAACCCCUACAUAUAUUUCUUUUUUUUAUUUAUUCAAAACUAUGAUACUUUUUUUCCCUCAUUGAGCUUAAAAUAAUGACCUUUACCUCAAACGUGAUAGUGUGUCCUCUUGUGCAGUCAGUUGAACCUCUGCCUGCCGGUGCAAUGACCACCUGCAUUUUUUUUAUCUCUUCCCAGAAGGUCGUGUUUUCAUUUCAUGUUUGUUUGUCUGUAACCAAAUGGGUUCAAUGUGUAUAAAAAUAAAACCGCCGUAGUGACAGAUAUGUAUGUGUUUAUGCAUGAAAACAGAGUAUCAGGAAUAAGUGCAGCGUUUAAUUUUUUUUCACUUGAACCGCACUGCUGCAAUGUUCUGAAUUUGAUCCUGCAAUAACCCGUUAAAAGGCUAGAAGAUGAUGA